AUGAGGGCCCCCCAGGAGAUAGCUGAGCAUCUCGUCAGGACCGGGUGGAGAUUCUGGUACCCGGGGCUCCACAAGGCCCUUGCCCUGCUGCAGGCCGCCUGGGUUGUCUUCUCCCAGCCUGUCCCAACCAGCUGUGGCCAGCUGCUCACCCAGCUUCUCCUGUGUGGUUCCCUGGCCAUUGCUGCCGCGGGUCUGACCUACUAUGGGCUGGUGUCCCUGCUGCUUUAUCCUCUAGGGCCCUCGGCCAUGGUGGCCACUGUCUGUGGCCUCCUGGCCUUCCUGGGCCUGGGACUGGUGCCCCCCGCCCGCUGUCUGUUUGCACUCAGCGUGCCCACCCUGGGCACGGAGCAGGGCCGCCGCCUGCUCCUAUCCUGGAGUACCGCCACCCUGGCCAUUGUCGUGGUGCCCAACAUCUUGGCCAACAUGCACGCAGCUGGGCAGGUGCUGAGGUGUGUCACAGAGGGCUCCCUGGAGAGUCUGCUCAACACCACUCACCAGCUGCACAACGCCUCCCAGGCUCUGGGCCCUGACGGCCAAGCAGGCAGCCAGGGCCUGACGCUCCAGGCCCAGGGCGAUGGCUCCGCCUUCCGGCUCCACGUGUUCAGGGUCACUCAGCAGGUCCUGGAGGACUUCUCCAGCCUGGAGUCCUUGGCCCAGGUGGUGGCACUGGGGACCCAGCGGGCAGUCACAGGGCUCUUUAUGCUGGGCCUCCUGGUGGAUUCAGCCUGGUACCUCCAUCGAUACCUGACUGACCUGCAGUUUGAUAACAUCUAUGCUACCUGGCAGCUGGCUCAGCAGCUGGCAGAGAUCGGGGCCACGCACCUGGUGGCCUCCCCACCAGCCUGGCUGCUGUGGGCGGCCCGGCCAAGGCUGUCCCAGGGGGAGCUGCUGAGUUGUCUCCUAAGGCUGGGGCUGCUUACCCUGCUCCUGAUGGCCACAGCUGUGACAGUGGCCGUGGACCACGUGGCCUUUCUCCUGGCGCAGGCAGCCGUGGGCUGGGCUCAGCAGCUUCCUGCUGUGCCCGUCACGCUCACCAUCAAAUAUGAUGCUGCAUACACCAUCCUGGGCUUCAUCCCUUUCCUCUUCAACCAGCCGCCUCUGGAGAGCCCCUUCCGCUCUGCCCACAACUCCUUCCAGUGGGAGCUGCGCUUCAUCGCCCCUGGCUGCCCGCUGCUGCCCCCCCGGCACCCGCACACAGCCGCCCACCUGGCUGCAGGCGCCCUGCAGCUCAUCGCUUGCUCCACGGUCCUUCUGGAGACCUACGCCCGUCGCCUGAGGCACAGCAUCGCUGCCUCCUUCUUCAAGACCCAGGAGGCAAGGAGGGUCCACCACCUUCAUGCCCGGCUCCAGCGAAGAUAUGACAGGCACCGAGGCCAGCAGCUGGGCCCGGGCACUCCAUACUGCUCCUGAAACCCAGGCCGGGCAGCAAGCACCUAGAACAGCUAGACAGACCUGCUGGAUACCUGGAAGGACAGAGAGCAAUGGCGCCGAGAGGAAAGCACUUUGGAGUUGCCCAGACCUGAGUGGUAACCUUGGCCCUUCUGCUGCCUCCACUGUGUGACCUUGGGUAGGUCGCUUCACCUCUCUGAGCCUUGGUUUCUAUAUCUGCAUAAGGACUGCGUAACAACAAUCAGUGUGACCUACUUUGCACACGGGAAUGUGUUAAGGGCGGAAUGAGAUACUGGGCAGGAAAGGCCUGGAUAAACAGAAAAGGACAAUGCAAAGUGAAGACAGGGUUCCUCCGGCCGGUGCCAGGUGUCUGUCCAGGCUUCCGUCUGCAUAGGCUGCUGUACCUGGUAGGUGGAGACUUUGCACCCUGACUGUGUCUAAACGCCCCUGGAACUUAUUUCUAUGUCUCUGAAU